AUGCCAACUGUUUCUUGUGAUAAAGAAGAUCUCUACAAAUUAUUAGGAAGAUCAUACACCACUGAAGAAUUCGACGAGUUAUGUUUCGAUUUCGGUAUUGAACUUGAUGAAGACAACACUGAUGAAUGUCAAGGUGAUGAAAGACCUCACUUAAAGAUUGAAGUUCCAGCUAACAGAUAUGAUAUGUUAUGUAUUGAAGGUAUUGCACAAGCCUUGAAUGAAUUCUUGGGUAAUUCAGACGCACCACAAUAUACCUUAAAUCCAGUUAAGCCAGCUACCUCAUUGACCAUCAAGGAAUCAACUUUCCCAGUUCGUCAAUAUGCUGCAUCUGCCAUUUUAAGAAAUGUUACCUUUGAUCAAAGAACUUAUGAUUCAUUCAUUGCUUUCCAAGAUAAAUUACAUACCAAUUUAUGUCGUAAUAGAACCUUAGUUGCCAUUGGUACUCACGAUUUGGAUACUUUACAAGGUCCAUUUACUUAUGAAGGUUUAAAACCAGAAGAUAUUAAAUUCAAACCUUUAAAUCAAGAUAAGGAAAUGAAUGGUCAUGAAUUAAUGGAAUUUUAUGAAAAAGAUAAGAAUCUUGGUAAAUAUUUACAUAUUAUUAGAGAUUCUCCAGUAUAUCCAGUCAUGCUUGAUGCUAAUAGAACUGUUGCCUCCAUGCCACCAAUUAUUAAUUCCGAUCAUUCUAAGAUUACUUUAAACACCAAGAAUGUUUGGAUUGAUGUCACUGGUACUGAUAAGACCAAGACUGAAAUUGUUAUCAAUCAAAUUGUUGCCAUGUUUUCCCGUUAUUGUAAAACUCCAUUUGAAAUUGAACCACUUGAUAUUAUUUCUGAACAUAAUGGUGAAACUCGUAUAACUCCAAACAUUGUACCAAGAAUUGCUAAAGCCAAUAUUUCUUACAUAAACUCGUGUGUCGGAUUAGAUUAUUCUGGUGAACAAAUUGCCAAAUUAUUGAAGAGAAUGGCUUUGGAUGCGACUACUUCCAAGACUGAUGAAGGUGUCAUUGAAGUCAGUAUCCCAAUAACAAGAUCUGAUGUUUUACAUGAAUGUGAUAUUAUGGAAGAUGCUGCAAUUGGUUAUGGUUAUAAUAACUUAAAAAAGACUAAACCACAAAGUGAUAAUUUAGUAGCUGCUCCAUUACCAAUUAAUAAAGUUUCUGAUAUUUUACGUUUAGCAUCUGCUCAGGCUGGUUAUUCUGAAGUUUUACCAUUGACUUUAUGUUCACAUGAUGAAAACUUCAAGUUUUUGAGACAAAAAGAUUUAGGAAAUACUGCUGUUAAGUUAGAAAACCCAAAGACUAUUGAAUAUCAAGUUGUUAGAACCACUUUAGUACCAGGUAUUUUAAAGACUAUUAAAGAAAACAGAAAACACUCAUUACCAAUCAAAGUUUUUGAAACUGGUGAUAUUGUUUUAAAGAACCAAUAUUUAGAAAGACAAGCUUAUAAUCAACGUAACUGGUGUGCUGUUUAUGCCGGUAAGACCUCUGGUUUUGAAUUUGUUCAAGGUUUAUUAGGUAAGAUUAUGCAAACUAUGAGAACUUCUUGGUUAGAGAACCCAAGAGAACAAAAAGGUAGAGGUUAUUGGAUUGAAGAAGAUAAGGAAAAUCCAACUUUCUUCCCAGGUAGAGGUGCUAAAGUCUUUUUCAGAUCUCAAGAAAAUGGCGAAGACAUUCACAUUGGUGAUAUUGGUGUUUUACAUCCCGAAGUUAUGACUGCAUUUGAUAUUCCAUAUGCCGCAUCUUCCGUAGAAAUCAAUGCUGAAUAUUUCUAA